GGGAAAUUGUAUGCGACAUAGCGCACGAAUUUUGAUUGGCUCAUUAUCUUGCUACCUGCAAGGUCCGAGCUAUCAAUAUGUCGUCUCACUACGCUCGGAAACGAACGUCAGAGACUAGCUCGACAAUAUAGCAUGAUCUCAGUCCACCUAACACCACCGAACAAUACCAUACACCCAUGCAGUCAAAUUUCAGAGUCGUAUUGUGAGAGAUGAAUUAGGCAAGCGCCAACAAUACAUUCCUGCUGUUCGCGUGUUAGCACAGCGCUGGUAUAAUGAUGUUUGCAGAUCUCGCCUUAACUGGAUUGCAGUUUACAUCCACUUGCAGCCACUUCGCACGCUUUCGUAUGGCCCAUCAGUGCCACCAAGGGGACCACGUGGAAAGAAGAGGAGAUAAAUAUCAGGAUGAAGAUACGUACAUCUCGUCGAUCGAAAUGAGUUUCUUCGAGUUCUGUCGGCUAGAGGCCUGGCCCUUGUCAUGUGGGGUGUGCGGCCAAUUAUGUCAAAGACAAAUUAUAUACAGAGCAGGCGUACAAAUGAGGCCUCAUCACCUGGAUACUAAUCUCAGCCCUCCUACAUCCGGAAGGAUCCCUCCCGCGAAAAGUGACAAGUAUGGUGCGGACAGCGCGAAAGAAUGGAGCUUGCCUAAAUCCGCGGGCUGGUUCCUGUUAAGUACUGUUGGUACAAUGGUUCGCGGUACCCCUCCUUGUGACUUCCAUUCUGGCAAUCUCGUGACGUCAUGCAGCGGUGUCAUAGUUCUGAUGAUAGAGGCUGAAACAAGGACCUGCGGAGUGGGGCAGCCGUACGAUAAUUGGUCAAACACGAAAAAGGGCAAUAAUGCCCGCGAACCUUACAGGGCAUUCCGCAAACUACGCAUAAUUGGAGAAGUAAAUCAUUCCCGCGAACCACGCAUGAUUAGACAAGGAAACCACUCAUCUGAUCGGAAGGAUAGAUAAUUGGAUUUCGGUUCAUUCCGGUUGUAGAUGAGUUCCUGGACAAUCCCGUAAUAGGGCAAGCGACAUCCGGACGCUUGGGCUGUCGAGGGAGGCGAACUACGUAUACAAGGAAACUUGCAUAGUCCAUAACUAGUAAUGCACUUCGGCAGUCGGGCUGAGGAGACGGUACCAUGGCGUGUUUGCAUCCAUAGCUCAGUAAGUAGUGAAUAUCUAUAACUUCAUAAGCGACUCAAGGAGUG